UAUUCUGGCUAAACCAAUUUUCGUUGAUUGAAAUGGGCAGUAAACUACCCAUCUCCGACGAAUAUGGUCGCUCAAAAAUACCUAGGCUACCGUGGUUGCCGCUUGCAAAUCCAAGAGGAGAGCAUCAACCGUCGCGUUACGUUGAAAGGGCGUACCGCGAAAUGGAAUAUCCGCCACUGAUCGCCAAGAAAUCGCUGACCAAAACUAGGCUGUACAAGGACACAUAUGAAUAUUAUACGCCGAGCGAAACUAUAGGUUCGUGCUUUACCCCUAGUGCGCAGGCGUUUAAAAUUCAAAACUUAACAAACAAAAAGAAAAAACCAACGCCGAACCCCUUCGGACCGGAAGGUAAAUUAUGCUACCCUCCUAGAAAAACGAAAGAACAAAUUGAGGAGGAGGCGAGAGCUGCGGCACGUCACAGAAAGAAGAAGGAGAAAGAUCCCGGAUUUGUAUCGCUAAUGGACCUACUGUCGGGAGAGUACAGGAGAAAAAGGGAACAGAAGGCCAUGGAAAUAUUGCAACGGAAGGAGAGACUUCGACAAAAACGUGAACUGAUGAAAGUUGAUCCGUAUAUUCAGGAGAGGGAAACACUUACCAAGAUGGAAGCUGUUUUACCGGUUCAUCCAGAUGAACAGAAAUUUUGGUUGGUGAGGGAGGUAGAGCUGGAGAUGAAUCGUUUGGUUCGGGUUGAAGAUAUUGAACGCCUCGACUAUUAUUGUACAAGGGGUAUUGAUGUUGAAGUGUUAUCACCUCUCCCUACAAACCUUGUCGAAGAAAUACAGAAAAGAAUUCCGCAAAAAUACCGUUAUCUUUUCAAUUAUUACCGAAUUGUUACCAGUUUUAAUUCUGAAAUAUUAGAGCACUACGAACAGAGUAUGAGGUGGAAUCUUUUACGGUACAUUUUGAAGGAUCGGAUGGAGAGAAAGCGUCUCAACAUACAAACUAUUCCGUACGAAUAUCCGACCUUGAUUAUUCGAGGACCGGCUGUAUGGCAUACAUCGUACGUCAUUGGAAAACAACUACUAGAAAGACACAUUCACAUAGAAAGCCCGGUACUGAUGAGAAUUCGUGACCUGUGGCAAGAAGAGUAUUCGAGCAUGUUAAUUCUUCCAAUAGCUAGACUGUGCGAAGAUGACGGAUUUCCCAUGGACAUCGCAGCAAUGUUGGAAAAAGUUUGCGACAUUUGCGAACAGUCGAGGGACGUUCUAUUAAACCAGUGGUACCCAAAGUGUGCAGAUGUUAUUUUAAAACAUAGGGAUCAUUGGUGUCCGUUCGUGCCAAAAAUCGAAGGGGAUUCUAUGAUGAUGAUUGAAAGUUACUUUGACUGUGUAAAUGCCUUGAUGGGGAUUCAAAUUCGCGAUCUUAUCAGUGUCAGUUUGAAACAUUUCGUUGAAUUUUUACGCCAGUAUAAGGCAGGAAAUUACUACGAUGGAACAUUUUACGAUUUCAUGUUUCUGAAUACACCUGUAAUGAAAGUGUACGCCAAAGUGGUACCUAAUUCAUCACAGAUAUAUCUCGAGCCUACCUUUGAGGAAGUGCGUACGAUGUUACGAACUUGUUUUGUGAAGAUACUGAACGUAAACGCAAAAUUACCACGAAUAGAAAACAUCAUGUUUCCAGAAUUUCAACACAAAGACACAUACUUGUCCUCCGUCUCCGACGGAGAAGGUCCCAUUGCAGAUUUAAUAGAAGAAGGAAUGUCAUAUUUUGAAAUGAACACUUUGGGACCCGAACUAUAUCUAAGCUUUUAUAAACAGUUCCACUAUAUUUUAGAUGGUAAAGCGAAAAAGAUGUUGCACGAGUUUUUGGCAAUGGAUCCACCGCCCAUUAUGAAGGAGUACUGUAAGAGACUUGAAAUCUACGAUGUUCAGAAAGAAGAAUUUAUUAUGUUCAGAAAUUCCAUUCCCUUAAACUUUAUAAGCUUGGAAUGUGGAAUUUUAAAUCAAACGCUAUACGAUCUCAUCGACGAAUUACGAACGCACAUUGUAGAGAUCUUUAUCAAAAGAAAUUUCGCGCGAAACCGCAAAAUAUGCGAUAUGUUUGAUGAAAUGUCACAACGAGUAAGCGAAUCAACGGACACGGUCGCAGCUCUGGUAGAGUUACAAAAUUACGUUAUCGAAUGUCGAGAUGUCACUCUGUUCAAUUUGCGAGAAUCAAUAAGAGAAACCGCCGAAGACGUCUUGUUUCUUAUGAACUACGCUCACUUGUCCUUGGAGGAUAUUCAGUUGAACUGUAGAGUAUUCAUGUGGCCGAAGGAUAUGGAAGUCGUGAUCGACUUGGCAUUUCAAAGGCUUACUUUGAAAAGGGAGCAGGCGGAGGCAAUGCUAAAAAGUCGCCUCGUCCAGUUUGAACAAAAACUGAUCAAGCAUAAGAAGCAGCUGAAUAUGUUUAAGAAGCGGGAUCCGCCAAUUUUGACUAUUGAUGAAAUGACCGAGUGCUUGGAGACGGUUCAAGCGCUGUACGAACGAUUAAAGGUAAAGGGGAAUCAAUCCGCCGACAUGGAUUAUCACAUUACUUUACAGGAGGACAAGUUAGAAGCCGAGCAGAUCAACUUUGAAGAGCAACUUUUAGAUUUGGAGGCAUCUCCAUUUAUGACCGUGCCGGAAAUGUUAGCAACAAUCGAACCGUACGAGAAAUUGUGGCACACUGUCCAUCACUUUCAUGUGGAGUACGAAAAAUGGUUUUACGGGCCCUUCGCCGAUUUGGACGCCGAUGCAAUUGUCGAAGAAGUGGAAGCAAUGUGGCGUACGCUUUACAAAUUAUCAAAGACUUUACAAGAUAAUCCGGGGGCAAAGAGAAUAGCGGAAAUGGUGCGAUCUAAAGUUGAAAAAUUCAAACAGUUUCUUCCGGUCUUGCAAACAGUUUGCAAUAAGGGCUUACGACAGAGGCAUUGGGAUAAGAUCAGCGAAAUUGUCGGUGUGCAAGUGGAGCACUCGAAGGAUUCGUCACUGAACGAAAUGAUCGAGUACGGUCUUACAAAGUACGCAUCUCAAUUGGAAGAGAUUAGCGGUUCGGCCACCAAAGAAUACGCAUUGGAGAAGAGUUUGAUUAAAAUGGUUGAAGAAUGGACCGAUAUUAAAUUCGAAUGCGUUCCAUAUCGGGAAACGGGAGUGUCUAUCCUUUCUGCAGUGGACGAAAUCCAGGUUAUGCUCGAUGAUCAUAUAUUAAAGGCUCAGACAAUGAGAGGCUCGCCAUUUGUAAAGGCAUUUGAAGAUCGCAUGCAGAAGUGGGAGGAUAAAUUGAUAAUGAUGCAAGACAUUAUCGAAGCAUGGUUAAUUUGCCAAGCCACAUGGAUGUAUUUGGAGCCAAUAUUUUGCUCGGAAGAUAUAAUGCGCCAAAUGCCAACGGAGGCGAGAAAUUUCAAGCAAGUCGAUCGAACGUGGAGAGCGAUUCAGGCCAAUACAGUGCAAGAUACUCACGUGCUUGUGGCAACAGACUACAAAAACAUGUUGCCUCUGCUCCGACAGUGCAAUGUACUACUAGAUGAGAUUCAAAAAGGACUCAACGACUAUUUGGAAAAGAAGCGCCUGUAUUUUCCGAGAUUUUUCUUCUUGUCGAACGACGAACUCUUGGAGAUCCUGUCCGAAACGAAGGAUCCGACGCGAGUUCAGCCGCACUUGAAGAAGUGCUUCGAGGGCGUUUACGCUCUCGAUUUUACGGAGGACGACGAAAUCGUCGGAAUGAUUAGCGCGGAGGAGGAGCACGUUAAACUGAGCGGUAAAAUUGUACCUGCCGAGGCCAAGGGAAUGGUCGAGAAGUGGCUGUUAGAAGUUCAGCAGUUAAUGAUACAAUCAAUGAAGGAUAUUACAACAGCUUCACUAAAUAAUUACCAGGUGGCCGAAAGAGUUGAAUGGUUGAUGGCGUGGCCUGGACAGGUAGUUCAGUGUGUAAAUUAUAUCACAUGGACUGCUGAUGUCACCGAAGCAAUCCAGGAGGGACGGCUUGCAAAACAAGUUGAUCGGUGUACCAUUAUCAUAGAGACAUGUGUUAGACUGGUUCAAGGGAAACUCGAUCCUGGAGUGCGUAUUACGGUCGAGUCCCUAAUAGUAAUUGAUGUGCAUGGUAAAGAUAUUGUAGCAUUGCUACGUGACUUGAAAGUACGAACAAUAGGGGAUUUUAACUGGAUAUCGCAGUUGAGAUACUAUUGGUCUCAAGGAUUAGUCAGUGUGUGUAUGAUUACGACGGACGUGGCCUACGGGUUUGAGUAUUUAGGAAAUCAAGCUCGUUUGGUGGUGACCCCUCUGACAGAUCGUUGCUUUAGGACCCUUAUGGGAGCAUUUCGAUUAAAUUUGGGUGGAGCACCCGAAGGACCGGCCGGCACUGGUAAGACUGAAACCUGUAAAGAUUUGGCGAAGGUAGUCGCGAAAAAAUGCGUGGUAUUUAACUGUUCGGACGGUUUGGACUAUAAAGCGCUGGGAAAAUUCUUUAAGGGUUUGGCUCAGUCUGGAUCCUGGGCAUGUUUCGACGAGUUUAAUCGAAUCGAAUUGGAAGUGCUAUCCGUCGUGGCUCAACAGAUUUCCAGCAUACAAAUGGCGGUUGCUGCCCGAGUGGAAAAAUUUGUUUUUGAAGGUACCGAGAUAACGUUGGAUCCGACGUGUACUUGUUUCAUUACAAUGAACCCCGGGUAUGCUGGACGACAAGAAUUGCCGGAUAAUUUGAAGGUGCUGUUCCGAACUGUGGCGAUGAUGGUUCCGGAUUACGCAAUGAUUGGCGAAAUUUCGUUGUACUCGUACGGCUUCGUGAUGGCGUCAAGCUUGGCCCAAAAAAUUGUGCACACCUACAAACUGUGCUCGGAACAAUUAUCAUCUCAGAAUCACUACGAUUACGGAAUGAGAGCCGUCAAAUCUGUUUUAUUGGCAGCGGGCGCUUUAAAGAAGAAUUACCCCGGAUUUCAAGAAUCGCAAUUAGUGUUACGUGCCAUUAUCGAUGUAAAUUUGCCAAAAUUUCUAGCACAAGACGUCCCCCUUUUCGAGGGUAUAUUCUCCGAUUUAUUUCCGGGCGUCGAAGUGCCAAAUUUCGAAAGAGGCGAAUUAAUCGAAUGCCUUGUGAAGGAACUAGAAAAGCGAGUGCUUCAAGGGACCCCCUGGUUUAUUGAGAAAUGCAUUCAAAUUUACGAAAUGAUCUUGGUUAGGCACGGUCUUAUGGUUGUGGGCGAGCCGCUGGCCGGAAAGACCUGCUCCUAUCAGUCUUUGGGCGAAGCCUUGGGCGCGUUAGGUCAAAUUAAGGGAGCCAAAUUGAAAGAGUACAGGGUGAUGUUUCGUAUUAUUAAUCCGAAGGCAAUUUCAAUGGGUCAACUUUACGGCCAGUUUGAUCCGGCCUCGCAUGAGUGGUCAGAUGGCGUUUUAGCCACAACGUUUAGGGACUACGCAUCGUCCAUAACCACAGAUCGCAAAUGGAUUUUGUUUGAUGGUCCCGUAGAUGCAGUGUGGAUAGAAAAUAUGAACACUGUUUUAGAUGACAAUAAAAAGUUAUGUUUAAUGUCUGGGGAAAUAAUCUCGAUGUCUAAUAAAAUGAAUUUGAUAUUCGAGCCAGCCGAUUUAGAACAAGCAUCUCCAGCAACAGUGUCUCGAUGCGGAAUGAUAUAUAUGGAGCCCCGUUUGUUGGGCUGGAUUGCAUUCAAAGAUUCAUACCUUGCAAAACUCGAGAAGACCCUAGUACCCGAGCAGUUGGAAAUAGUACAGGAGAUGAUCGAAUGGUUAAUUCCACCAUGUUUCGAUUUUAUCUUUCAUCAUUGCAAAUACUUUGUGAUUGUUUCAGAUAUGCAUUUAUUUCACUCUUUUUCUCGGCUACUGAGCAGUCUUCUGGUCGAGGAACAACAGAUUAGUACCAUUUGGUUACAGACGGCGAUUGUCUUUUGUAUUGUGUGGGGCUUGGGCUCAACGUUGACGUCUCAAGGACGCAUUUCAUUUGACGUCUUUUUUCGCAAACUAAUCUACGGAGAGGAUAAGAGUCAUCCCAAACCGAAAUCAUUUAAACUACAAAAGAAUCAGCUAUUCCCCGAGCGGUACAUCAUUUUUGACUGGGUUUUCGAUAAGAAAAGCAAUGGUGCAUGGAUCACAUGGACGGAAACCAUGGACAAGGCACUUUCCAUUUCUCCCAAUGCUAAGAUGUCGGAGCUUAUAAUACAAACAAAUGAGUCGCUCUGUCAAAAGUAUUUCCUACGAUUAUGCUUAGCCAAUCAGUUACCUAUCUUGUUUGUCGGUCCAACAGGCACCGGAAAAUCCGCCAUUGUUUUGGAUCACUUGAUAGGACUGCCCAAGGAUAAAUUCUUACCAAACGUUAUCAAUUUUAGCGCGAGAACGUCGUCGGCAAUGACACAAGAAAUUGUAAUGUCAAAGUUGGAUAAGCGGCGAAGAGGGGUCUAUGGUCCGGCGAUGGGUAAAAAAUGUAUUUUAUUUGUUGACGACGUCGGAAUGCCGCAAAAGGAACAGUGGGGAGCGCAACCACCUGUUGAGUUGCUGCGCCAGUUAAUUGAUCACGGGUAUUGGUUUGAAGCGGACACAUCAUCUCUUUAUCUAGUGGACAUUCACUUUGUGGGUGCGAUGGGACCGCCGGGUGGCGGCACAAACAUGGUCACGUCCCGUUUUCUGCGCCAUAUGAACAUCAUAUGCCUGGACACUUUCGGGGACGAGACAUUAUCGAAAAUAUUCAGUACAAUCCUGGAAUGGCACUUUGCUAAGGGCUUUGAGGAUUCAAUUUGUCGUCAAAUUAAAAACAUUGUGAAUGCAACAAUGGAGAUUUACAAAGCCGCAAUGGAAAAGUUUCUACCGACACCUUUGAAAUCCCAUUACACAUUUUCCUUGCGCGAUUUCUCAAGGGUGAUCGGUGGAAUGCUUUUGGUUCCUUCGUCCGUCAUGACCGAUGUUGAUAAACUAAUCCGAUUGUGGAUACACGAAAGUUAUCGAGUGUUUAACGACAGGCUAAUCGAUGAUGGUGACAAGAAAACUUUUUUCGACAUUGUCAAAAACACGAGUUAUAACGUCUACAGGCAACACAUGGAAAAGGUAAUGGCAAUUUGGAUACCGGAAGGCGAGAAGUUAUCUGUCGAUACUGCUCGUAACUUAUUCUUUGGAAACUACAUGAACCCAGAUGCCGAUCCUAAAAUUUAUGAUGAAGUCGCCGAUCUAGAGGAUUUAGUUGAAAAGAUGAAUUUCUACUUGGGAGAAUACAACAUGAUUUCUAGGUCGCCCAUGCAUCUUGUUAUGUUCAAAUUUGCAAUAGAGCAUGUCUCCAGAGUUUCGCGCGUUUUAAUGCAGGAUAAUGGGAACGUGCUUCUGGUUGGUAUUGGAGGUUCCGGCCGACAUUCCGCGGUUAAAUUGGCGGCUGCGAUGGCGGAAUACAAUUUAUUUGAGAUUGAAAUAUCUAAGACUUACGGUGUUUCCGAAUGGAGAGACGAUUUAAAAAAAUUACUGUUGAAAGCCGGCGGAGAGGGGAAGCCCAUCAUUUUCUUGUUUGCCGACACGCAGAUUAAACAGGAGGCGUUUACGGAGGACAUCAAUAUGAUACUCAACACUGGAGAUGUUCCUAACUUGUACGCGGCCGAUGAGAAAGUCGAAAUACUGGAGAAGAUGCAGACGGCCGCCAGAGAAACUGGCAAAAAAGUCGAUAACACACCUUUGGCGUUAUACAAUUUUUUUAUCGAACGGAUUAGAAAUAAUUUGCAUGUCGCGUUGGCUAUGAGUCCCAUUGGUGGCAGUUUUCGUGUGCGGUGCAGAAUGUUCCCGUCACUUAUAAACUGUUGCACCAUUGACUGGUUUAUGAAGUGGCCAGACGAUGCAUUAGAGCGUGUUGCGAAAAUGUUUCUACAACAAACCGACAUUCAGAUGGAGAUGAUAGAGAAGUGUGUUGAAAUUUGUAAACAUUUUCAUACCGCCAUCGAAGUAGCUUCGGAUAAGUUUUACGAGGACUUGCAGCGUCGCACUUAUGUCACACCUACGUCUUACUUAGAAUUGAUACAGACAUUUAAAAGUUUGUACUAUUUAAAAGUAGACCAAAUCACUUUACAAAGAAAUCGAUACGAGACCGGUUUGGACAAGCUUGAUUUUGCAGCCGGUCAAGUUAGCCUCAUGCAGGAAGAACUGCAUGCGCUACAACCUAAACUGGUCGUUGCGUCAGGGGUCACCGAAAAACUUAUGGUAAAAAUCGAGCAAGAUACUAUUGUAGUGGAAAAACAAAAAGAAAUUGUAGGAGCCGACGAGGCACUAGCCAAUGAAGCAGCCGCAGCCGCGCAAGCUAUAAAAGAUGACUGCGAAUCGGAUUUAGCCGAAGCUAUCCCUGCACUGGAAGCCGCAGUUGAAGCCCUAGACACCUUAAAACCCGCAGAUAUUACUCUUGUAAAGUCUAUGAAAAAUCCACCAGCUGGCGUUAAACUCGUCAUGGAAGCUAUAUGUAUCAUGAAGGGUAGUAAAGCGGACAGAAAGCCGGAUCCGACAAGUGGCAAAAUGGUGGAGGACUACUGGGGCCCUUCCGUAAAACUAUUGGCCGACAUGAAAUUCCUGGACAGCCUCAAGACGUACGAUAAAGACAACAUUCCUCCGGCGAUUAUGAAAAGGAUUAGGGAAAAGUACAUACCGGAUCGUGAUUUCGAACCUGCGAAUAUUAGGAACGUUUCGACGGCCUGCGAAGGUUUGUGCAAGUGGGUUCGGGCAUUGGAGGUGUACGAUCGCGUCAUUAAAAUUGUCGCUCCCAAGCAAGAGAAGCUUCGCGGCGCCGAAUCGGAACUGGCGAUGCAAAUGGAAACUCUAAACGCGAAAAGAGCCGAAUUGAAACAAAUCUUAGAUAAGCUGCAAGCGUUAAACGACGAAUUUGCCGCGGAAACAAAGAAAAAAAAGGAUUUGGAGGAUAUGAUUGAACUGUGCUCUCAAAAACUUGUAAGAGCCGAACAAUUAAUUGGCGGUUUAGGUGGCGAAAAAACGCGUUGGUCCGAAACCGCCGCUUAUUUGCAAGGACUCCUCGGGAACGUGAUUGGGGAUGUUAUACUUUCGGCAGGUGUAGUGGCUUAUUUAGGUCCGUUUACUGUUGAUUACAGGACUGCCAUUGUUAAAGAAUGGAACUCCAGUGCAAUAAAGUUAGGAAUACCGUGCGCCACAAAUUUUUCUUUGGUAGUUACACUAGGCGAGCCUGUGAUUAUACGCGCAUGGAAUAUUGCGGGGCUACCCGUCGAUAAUUUUAGUAUCGAAAAUGGAAUAAUUGCCACCAAAUCAAGACGAUGGCCCUUGAUGAUAGAUCCCCAAGGUCAAGCGAAUAAAUGGGUGAAAAAUAUGGAAAAACAAAACAAGAUUCAAAUUAUUAAAUUAACGGACUCCAACUAUGUACGCGUUUUGGAAAACGCUAUAACGUUUGGCACUCCUGUGAUGCUAGAAAACAUUCAGCAAGAAAUAGACGCUGUUCUCGAUCCUGUUCUUGUGAAAAACAUAUUUAAGCAACAAGGUGUCUACUACAUGAAAUUGGGGGACAACGUACUAGAGUACUCGUUUGAUUUCCGUUUUUACAUCACAACACAACUACGAAACCCCCACUACCUGCCAGAGUUAGCUGUUAAGGUCACACUUUUAAAUUUCAUGAUUACACCUCAGGGUCUCCAAGAUCAACUGCUCGGCAUUGUAGUUGCACGUGAGCGUCCGGAACUUGAAGAGAAGAAGAAUGAAAUGAUCAUAGAAAGCGCGACCAACAAAAAACUUCUAAAAGAAAUCGAAGACAAAAUUUUGGAAGUUUUAUCCUCAUCCGAGGGCAACAUUCUGGAAGAUGAGACCGCAAUCAAAAUCUUAUCGUCGAGUAAAGUUCUCUCGGCCGAAAUCCAGGCCAAACAAGAAAUCGCGGCCGUAACCGAAAAAGAAAUUGACGAAGCUCGUAACGGAUACAUUCCGGUUUCGAAGCACUCUUCUGUGCUGUUCUUUUGCAUCACCGAGUUAGCGAAUAUUGAUCCGAUGUACCAAUACUCCUUAAGCUGGUUUAUUAAUUUGUAUAAUCAAUCUAUAACCAACAGUAAAAAGGCGGACAAUCUGGUUGAAAGGAUGGAUAAUUUAAAUUCCUACUUUACCACCAGUAUUUACAGAAAUGUUUGCCGAUCAUUGUUCGAAAAGGAUAAGUUGAUAUUUUCAUUGGUACUGACGGUUGGAAUUUUAAGAUCAAAGGGUUUAAUUGACGAAGAUUGUUGGAAUUUUCUUUUAACGGGAGGCGUUGCAUUAGAUAAUCCCCAUCCUAAUCCGGCUUCGGAAUGGUUGUCCGAUAAAUCAUGGUCAGAGGUGGUGCGCGCGAGUAACUUAAAAAGUCUUGGAGAGUUUCAAAAAUCCGUACAAAAAGAUGUUAAAGCUUGGAAGCAGUUCUACGAUUCGUCUAGCCCUCAGGAUAUUCCGUGUCCGGCGCCGUUAAAUAGACUGACGGACUUACAAAGGCUGGUCAUGAUUAGGUGUAUAAGGCCAGACAAAGUCGUCCCGGCUGUAGCGCAAUAUAUUGUGGACAAUAUGGGCCAAUUGUAUUUGGAGCCACCGCAAUUUAAUAUAGAAGAGUCUUACAACGAUAGUAACUGCUGUACUCCGUUAAUAUUUGUGUUAUCGGCUGGUUCGGACCCCAUGUCCGGGCUUAUGAAAUUUGCAAGCGACCGUGGUUUGCCAAAGUCGAGUGUGAUGUCAGUUUCAUUGGGACAAGGCCAAGGCCCAAUCGCAUCUGGUAUGAUAAAUCGCGCACUUGUCACCGGCCAGUGGGUGGUUUUACAGAAUUGCCAUUUGGCGGAAAGUUGGAUGGGGGAACUCAACAGGAUUUGUGAUGAAUUAAUCAUUCCUGAGAAUACAAAUUCGCAUUUCCGCUUGUGGUUGACAAGUUAUCCAAGCAAGGCGUUUCCUGUUGCAAUUUUACAAAAUGGAGUUAAAAUGACCAAUGAAGCGCCCAAGGGACUUCGACAAAAUCUGCUAAAGUCCUACAGUUCCGAUCCAUUGUGCAAUCCAGACUUCUACAAAAGUUGCCCCAAAUGGCGGGAGUUUCAGAAUAUGUUGUUUGGUUUAUGCUUUUUUCAUGCUCUUAUUCAAGAAAGGCGGAAGUUUGGACCACUAGGAUGGAAUAUUCCAUAUGAAUUUAAUGAAUCCGAUUUGCGUAUAUGUGUUCUACAAUUACAGAUGUUCCUAACUGAAUAUGACGAGGUUCCGUUUGAUGCACUCACAUACUUAACUGGAGAGUGUAAUUACGGCGGACGUGUUACAGAUGAUAAGGAUAGAAGGUUACUAAACUCCUUACUUUCAAUAUUUUACUGUCCCGACAUAAUUACAACCCCCGGGUACAAAUUCUCUGCCCUCGAUUUGUACUAUGUGCCAACCGACACAUCGUGGGAAGGCUGUGUGUCGUAUAUUCGAUCGCUUCCACUUGUACAGCAACCCGAAGUGUACGGAUUACACGAAAAUGCGGACAUUACGAAAGAUAAUCAAGAAACGUUAAUGUUGUUAAAUGGGGUCUUAUUAACGCAAACGCAAAUAACUGCCGGUGGAGGUGGCGGUGUGUCGGAAGGAACAGUAGUCGAGUUAGUCAAAGAGAUAUUGGGAAAAGUUCCCAAUCCGUUUGAUGUUGAGGCAAUUAGUGAAAAAUAUCCAGUGAUGUAUAUGAACUCGAUGAAUACCGUUUUGCGACAGGAACUGAUACGAUUUAAUAGAUUAAUCCUUGUGGUACAACGAACUCUAAGAGACGUAGUAAAAGCAGUAAAAGGGCUCGUCGUGAUGAACAAAGAACUGGAAGAGACGCAUACCUCCCUGGUUAUAGGCAAGGUACCCGCGUCUUGGAUGAGUAAAAGUUAUCCGAGCUUAAAGCCUCUCGGAUCUUACAUCGCAGACUUGAUUGCUAGAUUAAAAUUUUUACAAGACUGGAUUGAUAAUGGACCUCCGCUAGUAUUUUGGCUCUCCGGUUUUUAUUUCACUCAGUCAUUUUUAACGGGAGUUUUGCAAAAUUAUUCGAGAAAGUUGAAAAUUCCCAUUGAUUUCAUACAGUUUGAAUAUUUCACUACUGAAUAUGAAACGACCGUCCGUAAAGCACCAGAUACAGGUGUCUAUAUCAAACAAGUCUUGGAACAAGAAGAAAUCAGUGUGUUUUUCGAUGGUUUAUUCCUGGAAGGUGCAAGAUGGGAUAGAGUCUCAAAAAUGCUCAAAGAAUCCUUUCCGAAGAUACUCUUCGAUGUUGUGCCCAUUAUGUGGCUAAAACCAGGUCUAAAGGCCGAAUUUGUCGAACGUCCCGCUUACAUAUGUCCACUUUACAAGACAAGUGCAAGACGGGGAGUACUCUCUACAACGGGACAUUCUACAAAUUUUGUAAUGUAUACUACAUUUGAUACAGAUUUAUCAUCAACUCAUUGGAUUAACAGAGGAGUAGCCGGUUUGUGUCAAUUGGAUGAUUAGGAUAAUACCUAUAUAUGUACUGUUUACUGUAUUAUGUUUUUGAUUAUUCAGUAAAACUUAUAUCUAGA